UUCAAACUGCCAUUGAUGCUAGUUAGUACUUAACCUGAGUGCCAUUUGACCACUAGCAUCAAAAGACGUCAUCAACUUAAUCAAAUUGAACUCACGCAUUUAUUGGCGCACACCUCUAUAUAAACCAUUUGGCUGCUAAAGACUGAAGAAAAAAGUUCUUUUUGAACAGUGAUUAAAGGACACGUUGAAGUAGCAGAAAGCUUUGCAGAUAAACAAUCACUAGCGGUAAAGUAUUAAGAAUGAAGUAUUCAUUUGGUUUCGUGUUUGUGUGCUUGUUUUCAUUUUCAAAAGGUCAACUUAUUAGUGAAUGGUCUCCAUAUAGCAACUGUUCAGUAAGCACACGUACACGAACUUGCAAGCCUGCUCAUAGUUGUAGAGAUGUUGCGUUAGUUGAGACUAUUUCGUGUGGUAACCUCUGUUCAGGUCCACAUGCUUUUAAGGAUGAAAACAGCACAGCAGUAAAAAGAGUACAAAAAGUACAGUUUGAUGCAAUAAUAAACAUUGGAACUACAUUAAAAGAUGGACUAACUCUAAAGUCUGGAGAGUACCUUUCAUCAGGUAAUUGUUAUUUUGCAGUUAUGCAAAGAGAUGGAAACUUUGUUCUUUAUGUUACGCAACAUUGGGUACCUCAAAACGCAAUUUGGGCAAGUGGUUCUUAUAAUAAAGGAAUUGCUCCAAGAAGAGUAAUAAUGCAAAAUGAUGGAAAUUUAGUUAUUUACGAUGCUUACAACAGAGCAACUUGGGCAAGUGGUACUAAUCAGAAAGGGUCAAAGCCUCAUCGUCUGGUAAUGCAAACAGAUGGAAACCUGGUUAUCUAUGAUGGGAUCAAUAAACCAACGUGGGCAACGGCAACAAAUCGUGGUUGAUAAAAUUUACUUAAAACAACUUUAGUUUAGUAUAUAUAUAUUAAGGCUUAAUAAUUUU